AUGGAGAUCCGACGCGCUUUGCCCCAGGAGUUCUGGGAGCUGCUGCACUGCCUGAAGAUGAGGAGCAAGUACGCCGUCCUGCUGGUCUUCGUCAUCGGCCUUGUCAUUACCGAGGAGGAGAACAACUUCAUCUCCAGGCAGGGCCGGCGGGGCAGAGGAUGCCGGGCGGCUAGCCCAGGACACCUCCCCGGCGGGCGGGAGGGACGCGCCGGCCUGUCCCCCAUGGAGAUCCGACGCGCUUUGCCCCAGGAGUUCUGGGAGCUGCUGCACUGCCUGAAGAUGAGGAGCAAGUACGCCGUCCUGCUGGUCUUCGUCAUCGGCCUCGUCAUCAUCGAGAAGGAGAACAACUUCAUCUCCAGGUUCUCCCAGCUGAGAUCCCGCCUGCGCAAUGUCACCUUGCAGCUGACAGGCGACGGGGACCCCCAGCCACGGCGGCACGUCCUGCUGAUGGCCACCACCCGCACCGGCUCCUCCUUCGUGGGGGAGUUCUUCAACCAGCAAGGCAGCAUCUUCUACCUCUUCGAGCCCCUCUGGCACAUCGAGAGGAUGGUGACCUUCGAGCCGGGGGGAGCCAACGCGGUGGGCUCGGCCUUGGUCUACCGGGACGUCCUCAAGCAGCUCUUCCUCUGUGACCUCUACAUCUUGGAGAGCUUCAUCUCGCCGGCGCCCAAGGGCCACCUGACGCCCUUCAUGUUCCGGCGAGGCUGGAGCCGCUCGCUCUGCGAGGAGCCCGUCUGCACGCCCAGCGCCAAGAAGGUCUUCGAGAAGUACCACUGCAAGAAC